AUGUCUGGAGGUGGAGGGUUCGUCGGUCCUGGUGGUGAUGCGAACGGACCUCAGGGGACGGAGUACACACUGCAAGGUGUCAUGCGCUUCCUCCAGACAGAAUGGCACCGACACGAGCGGGAUCGCAACGCCUGGGAGAUCGAGCGCGCGGAGAUGAAGUCUCGGAUAGGAAAACUCGAGGGCGAUGUCCGAACUAGCAAACGAAUGCAUGAGUCAUUGGGGAAGCACGUUCGGCUUCUGGAAGCUGCAUUGAAGAAAGAACGCGAGAAGGUAAAAAAGCUCACAAACAACGAGCUUGUGGAGGACCUUCGGGACCCCAAGGAAAUUGCUCGAGAGAGCAUUAACUCCCUGAAAUCUCAACGACCGAAAUUGGAGGGCGGCUCGGGAGAUCUUGAUGCCAACGCUGAAAAUCAACACGAAUACCGACAAGAGACCGAACGCGACAAGUCACGACUGUACCUAUCCAAAUGUUCGCAGGAAAUUGCGUAUCAUGUUAUUCCCUCCGCGCAUCCGCCCCCAGACCUCGGCGAGCUCGAGCUCUCAAAUCAUGUUUAUGGGAACCAACAGCUCCCCCAACAGAGCAUGGAGGAAGUGUAUCUCCAGCAGCAACGGCAAAAACAGCAGGCAAACAACCUGAUGGCACGUGAGGUCCCCAUGCAAAACCACCAGCCUAUUGUCAGACAAUACCCGGAGAACAUGGGACUGUCUCAUGCACCGAGCCAGUAUAGCCUCCCAGCCACCUCGCGGGACGUUGUCGAUAGACGAGUUAUAGAACAGCAACAAAUACAGAUGACCGCUAUGGAUGAUAGCAAACAGUCCCUGGAGAACUCUGUCCGAGAACAUGCGGGGCCUGAAAGGCAGUACGAUGGGUACGGGCCGCAAGUUCCAGCAGAGGAUGCUUCACGACCCCAACAACCCGAUGAAACCGACAACAGUGGCGAUACCGACGGCUGGAACUUUGAUGAACCGACCGACCAAGUAGUACCGCCUGAAUCCCUACCACCUCAAAGACCCGACGUUGAUGCAUUUCCCAAUGCGAACUUUGUCCGACAGAAGUCACCCGCAAGGACCGGAUCGCUCUCUCACCGAAGAAAAAGCUCUGGUGCUCGCCGGAAAAGUGAGGGUUCCGUUGAUCUAGGUACCGCGGCUGGCCCGAAGCAGGACUCUACCUUCAAAGUUCGAUUCGCCCUCCGAGGACACCUUGAUGUUGUGCGAUCAGUGAUCUUUACUGGUGGCGGUAGCCCGUCAGAACCGGAAAUAUGCACUUGCAGUGAUGAUGGCACCAUAAAACGGUGGAUCAUCCCAGCAAGCUACGGGGCUUUUGGCCAUGCAGCAAACGCUAGUAGUGACUUGGAUAUCACGAGCUACUUUACACACCGAGGACAUGUUGGUGCUGUAACUUCUUUGGCUGCAUGCUCGCCGUCCCAGAACUUUUCGAACGGCGGUCGAACGAUUGGGGACGGUUGGGUAUUCUCUGGUGGACAGGAUGCCAGUGUACGAGUUUGGGAACGGGGCAGGGUUGACCCCAAGGCUACUUUGGAUGGUCAUUCCGAUGCUGUAUGGGGUCUUUGUGUUCUUCCUGGGACGGCAGGGACUAUAUUUGGCGACUCCUCUAGUCACUACGGCGGACCAGACCGAGUUAUUCUCGCCUCAGGCUCUGCGGACGGCAAGAUAAUUAUAUGGGCGGUCAGUGCGCCGCCUCAACUAUCGUCACCACAAGCUGGAAAUCGGCGGGCUGGAGGCAGCCGACGUGCCAAUUCAAUUUCCUCUGGGUCAAACUUUCCAUCGUCACCACAACCCAGCACGGCAACAACGACUCCGUUCCAUUACACCAUGGUCCGCCAGAUUGUUCGAACGGAGGCACCAUCGCCGACAUGCAUUAGCCCAUUAUCCCUUGCUGGUAUCAAUUUCGUGGUGUCCUAUACAGAUGCGUCGAUUCUUGUGUACGAUACUAGAACCGGCGAAGAGAUCGUGGGCAUGGCUAGCCUCGAGACUUAUGAUGGAACACCAUCAACGGGUGUUAACUCCGUUGUUGCGACUACCGUUGGUUUCGAUGGGUCGGCAGGCCUUGAUCCUAGCCGCACGUUGGCUGAUGAAGAAGUUGUGCAUGGUGCCACUGGCUCAAGUGCCGUGGAGGGUGUUGUGAUCAGUGGCUACGAGGAUAGAUAUAUUCGCUUCUUUGAUGCCAACAGCGGACAAUGUACCUACACAAUGCUAGCACACCCUGCCGCCAUUGCUUCGCUUUCUCUCUCUCCCGAUGGCCGCGAGCUCGUGUCUGCCGGCCAUGACGCCAGUUUGCGGUUCUGGAACCUCGAAAAACGAAGCUGCACCCAAGAAAUCACGAGCCACCGUCUGAUGCGUGGUGAAGGUGUUUGUUCCGUGAUCUGGAGUCGCGAUGGCCGAUGGGUCGUCGGUGGCGGCGGCGAUGGAGUCGUCAAGGUAUUCUCGAGAUAA